UGGCCGCUGAGCAUCAGAGCGCUGGUCCUCCUCCGCGUCGGCGCGCGACCCGCAGCUCGUUCGUUCUCUCCUACCGGACUCCCGGCCGGAACGUGCAGCGCUCCCGGCCCCAACAUGGGCUAGAGAGGAGGCCACUUUGCGCACUUCGCCGGGGAUGAUGAUGAUGAUGAUGAAGAUGAUGAUGGGGGUUCGGUUGGCGGUGGGGCGAGAGGAAGAAACGGACUUGUUUUCGCUCAGACAUCCUUGACAAAGACGGGGAGCGAGAGGGGAGAGCGACCGGGACUAACCGCUCCUCUCCGUCCCGCUUGGCAUCUUUGACAUUUUUGUUGUUGUUGUUUUUCCCCCCCCUAUUUUUAUUUUUAUUUUUUGUUUUUGAAUUCUGUUCUUUCCCGCGUGCGCGCGAGGCAGAGAGAUGUUCGCAGAAUCGCUGUGCGGCGCCGUGGCUCUGCUCCUGUAUGUCAACACUCUGGGCGCCGAUUUCUGCUACGAUGACAGCCGCGCGGUCAAGACCAAUCAGGACCUGCUUCCGGAGACGCCCUGGACAAAUAUCUUCUACGAUGACUUUUGGGGCACCUUACUCACGCACAGCGGCAGCCACAAGUCCUACCGGCCCCUGUGCACCCUCUCCUUCCGCCUCAACCACGCGGCGGGCGGGCUGGAGCCCUGGGGUUACCACCUGGUCAACGUGGCGCUGCACGGCGCCGUGACGGGCCUGUUCACCUCGCUGGCCCGCCUGCUGCUGGGAGGAGGCCCGUGGAGCCUGCUGGCCGGCCUGCUCUUCGCCUCCCACCCCAUCCACACGGAGGCGGUGGCUGGCGUGGUGGGCCGGGCCGACGAGGGGGCCGCCCUGUUCUUCCUGCUGUCCCUGCUGUGCUACGCGCGCCACUGCCGGCUGCGCGGCCGGGCCGGGCGCCGGCGCCUGGCGGCCUGGUUCCUGGGCAGCUUGGGCUGCGCUGCGUGCGGCAUGCUGUGGAAGGAGCUGGGGGUGACCGUGCUGGCCGUGUCGGCGCUGUACGACGUCUGCGUGUUCCACAGGCUCAAGCUGCGGCAGGUCGUCGCGCUCCUUUACGAGAGAAAGAACGUCCGCCUGCUGCUGAACGUGUUUCUGCUGGCAGCCUGGGGAGCCGUGCUGCUGGCCUGCCGCUUCUACUGGAUGGGCAACAAACCCCCCAACUUCUCCAACUCCGACAACCCGGCGGCCGACUCCCCCUCCCUCCUCACCAGGACGCUCACGUUUUCCUACCUGCCCGCCGUCAACUUCUGGCUCCUGCUUUGCCCGAACAGGCUCAGCUUCGAUUGGUCGAUGGACGCCCUGCCUUUGAUCAGGAGCCUCGCCGACUGGAGGAACGCCCACACCGCGGCCUUCUACCUCGGGCUGCUGUCGCUGGCUCGGUUCGGCCUGCGGGCGCGCCGGCCGGCGAAAGCCAAGGAGACCAACGGCAAAGCGCAUCAUCAGCACGCCAACGGCAGAAACGGGAACAGCAACGGGCACAGCUGCCAAUACACCAACCACGAUCACCUGAACGAUUCGCACGCGGACGCUCACACUAAUAGCGGCGAGCAGAACGGCACCCGACAGCACCACGAGAGCAGAACUCCUCUGCCCACCACUGAAAACGUGGUGGUGUUCUCACUGGGCCUGUUGGCGAUCCCUUUCCUCCCCGCCACAAACCUCUUCUUCUACGUGGGCUUCGUGAUAGCAGAGCGAGUGCUGUACAUCCCCAGCAUGGGCUUCUGCCUGCUGGUGGCGGUGGGGAUGAGGUGCCUGUACGUGCGUCUUCCGCGCGGCUCUGCCAGGACCUUCUUGGUGUCCUGCAGCGCCGCCAUCGUUCUCCUGUUCGGCGUCAAGACCGUUUUGAGGAACAGAGACUGGCAGAACGAGGAGAUGCUCUACAAGUCUGGAAUUUAUGUCAAUCCCGCUAAAGCAUGGGGCAACCUUGGAAACGUCCUGAAGAGCCAGGGCCAGAUGGAGGAGGCUGAACAGGCCUACAGAAACGCCCUCUAUUACCGCAGCAACAUGGCCGACAUGCUGUAUAACCUCGGUUUGCUGCUACAGGAGAGCAACAAGUUCUCAGAGGCCCUCCACUACUACAAGCUGGCCAUUGGGAGCCGGCCAACUCUGGCUUCGGCCUACUUGAACACCGGCAUCAUUCUGAUGAACCAGGGUCGCCUAGAUGAGUCCAAGCGCACCUUUCUGACCUGCGCAGACAUCCCAGAUGAAAACCUGAAGGACCCCCACGCCCACAAGAGCUCAGUCACCAGCUGCUUGUACAACCUGGGCAAGCUGCUGCACGAACAGGGACAGCAGGAGGAGGCCCUCGCCGUGUUUGAAGAAGCAAUACAGAAAAUGCCAAGACAAUUUGCACCACAGAGCCUCUACAACAUGAUGGGAGAGGCCUACAUCAGGCUGAACAAGCUGACCGAGGCCGGACACUGGUACAGAGAGUCCCUGCGAGCCAAGCCGGACCACAUUCCAGCACAUCUCACCUACGGAAAGCUGCUGGCUAUGACGGGGCAGAAAGCGGAAGCGGAGAGGUACUUCCUGAAGGCCAUCCGACUCGACCCGGCGAAAGGCAACUGUUACAUGCAUUACGGUCAGUUUUUGUUGGAGGAGUCGCGGCUGCUGGAAGCUGCGGAGAUGGCGCAGAAAGCUGCUCGCCUCGACAGCGGGGAGUUCGACGUGGUCUUCAGUGCGGCCCACAUGCUCAGACAAGCCAGCCUAAACGAGGCGGCCGAGAAGUAUUACGGACAAGCAGCGAGCCUGAGACCCAAUUAUCCCGCCGCCUUGAUGAACCUCGGGGCGAUCCUCCACCUCAACGGGAAGCUGCAAGAGGCCGAAGCCAAUUACCUCCGAGCGCUUCAGCUGAAGCCGGACGACACCAUCACCCAGUCGAACCUGCGUAAGCUGUGGAACAUAAUGGAGAAGCAGGGCCUGAGGACCACGAGCCCCUGAGCUCCCCGCUCGCCGCCUGUGAGCCGCACCGCACGCUCCCCGUUGCCUCGCCGGGUCCUUCGAAGGUGGAAGAGUUUGCUCGGAGAGACCGUGACGGUGGCGCUCGGACCUUCUAAUAGCUCCUGAGCUCUGCGUACACCUCGGGGGCCGGCAGCUGUCAUCACAGGUGCUCAGUUUGGGAGGCCGCUGCGUGGUAUUUGGACUCUUAAGAACUUUCUUCGGAUCAGAGGAAUCACUUGCUUGUUUUUAUUUUUUAUUUUUUAGAACUAGAGCACUGGGAUUUGAACCAAGACCAUAGAGUAGGUUAAUUUGCUUUGGGAUAAAUGAGUUGUUUUUUCCCAAAUCAAGAAUCUUAUCUCAAAGGUUUUAAAUUCUCCCGUGAGCAGUGUGAAAUAAGAUUUAAAAUCUGCACUCACGGGGUUUGCUAAAUACGCUUGUUGGUUUGAUCUCAUUUUACAUCUUGCUAAUGAAAAAAAUAAUUGGUUUUACCACCCAGCGUCACCAAAAUGAAAUCACUAAAAGCGCCGACCAAUUACCACAAAUCACUUUGUUUUUCUCAUGAGAUUCCUCACUCGUCUCAUGAAGAUAUGAAAAUUACCAUCGUCACUGCAAACCACUUACAGCAGAUGUCUGAAUAUUUGGUGAAUAAAAGGGAAUUUUUAUUUGGUAGCCAGUCCAAUAUUGGCCUCUAAAAGCUCCACUAAGGCUGCAAUUUGCCAAAUACAAAAAAUGUUUUGGCAAGAAAGCUGUGACUCUGUUCACGUCGGAAUGCCUUACAAAACGUGUGAAUCUUCUGCAGCAUUCAGGUGGCGAUUUUACCACUUCUGCUUGUCGUCCUGCACUGGCAAGGGGCGCCGUGUCGCCGUGGUAACACAGCAGAGCAACAGGAAUAAAAGCUACGGAAACAAAACAAAGCGGCCGGUCGAGUAGUUUGCUUCAAAUCUCUCCACACGUCUGAAGUUCACAACAAACAAGCAUCAAAUGCAAAAGCCAUGCCGACCUUUUCAUCACGCAGCAAAGCGCUCGGUAUGACAAAGGGAAAUGUUUAGAUGCACACGUUUUUAUUGGAAUAAAACUAAUUACAUUGCGUUUGUAUAGAUGAAUCCUAAUAUAUACCUACACUGUCUAUAGUACACAGAAACACUCACGGCAUAAAAUCCGCCAAACUUAAAGUGGAAUCUCAGACACUGAGCAAGUUUGGUCUGUCACGUGAGGUAUUUCCCAUAUUGUCAAAACUCACUCUUUAAAGUCUCGUUUCUUUGUUGUUGUCGACAUACACACAAGUGAAACGGCACCUUGCGUGAUGAACGUAUGAGUAUGUACAGUAUUUGUCGUUGGCCACAAACCUCCUGGUCUUUGUGUGUGUGUGUUAAUCUAAACUUUGUAAAUUAUUGCUUUGCGUUACCUUAGCAACAGAACCAGCUGGACCUGUGUUUUUUUUAAAUGUAAAAUGAGGGAAGUUAGCGGAUGUGGUCAAUAAGUUUCGAAUACAGUUGAGUUGCUCAUUGUUGGUAAAGACAGAAUAACGCCGUAUAUCUGUCACGUGUUGCAGGCACACUGAUGGUCCACUAGUGAAAUGUUCAGUAAGAUAACCACGCCUCACACACACACACACACACACACACACACCGCUUUGUCAAAGAGCUCGCCGACUUCCCCCGUGUAUAUUAGGUGUUUAUGAACAAACACUGAUAAUUGUUAUUGCUUGAGUGAAGAUGUAAAAAAAAAGAAAAGAAUAAGGUGUUUCACUCUGUGUCUCUGCUCAGGGAUCUCAAGCGGUGGGUUAUUGCAGAAACUCGUUCACGGAGCGUUUACUAAAUUAAAGAUUUAUUUUUGGAAGUUGUCGUAUUUGUAUAAAUUAUCGAGAUUUGUAGCCUUUUUCUCCUUUUUUGUAAUAUAGAAAUGAACAAUGUGCCAGGAAAUACUUUUUUUCUUCACAAUGUUGCUUCUUUUUCCACAAUAAAUUGAUGGUGUUUUCCUUUUG